AUGAGAGGCACAGAGCCAAAAAGACAAAACAAAGCGGAGAACGAGCUCGGGAAAGCCGGCUAUGAGCUCGCAAGCGACGCAAGCGAGACCAUCCGCUUCCGCCGUGUCGAAUCUGUCAAGCCUCUAGAAGACCACACGAUCGAGGUCCCACAGUGUCUCAGAAGUUGGGCAUUUGGCCAAAAAUUUAGCGCGGCCACGAUCCCUCGACGCCGUCCGCCGGCCAGUACCAGCUUCAAUGACAACCUCAGUAAUACACAGUCGUUUCUGCAAUCUUUCUUGCUUUUGGCAAUCAUGGUUUCCUUUGCGGCGUCCUGCGCCAUUCUCUCGCUCUGGUCGGCGUCAAAGGUGCUUGCACAAGUCUGCACACCCUGCGAGGAUGUGCAUUUCUUUCUCGCCCGUGGCAACAAUGAGCCCUACCCAGGACGACAGGGUGAUCUGGUAGCCGCCACCUGCGACAACGUGGCCAACUGCGGCUACGAAGAUCUCAUCUACUCGGCUCUCUACACCGACUUGUCCUGCCAGACGACCUACGAUGGCACGAUCGCGGGUUUCAAGCAGAUGACUGCCUAUGCCGACCGAUGCCCCAACUCCAAGCUCAUCCUGGCUGGAUACUCGCAGGGAGCACAGAUCGUGACCGACAUUCUCGGUGGUGGAGGUGGCGUGUCGUUCAAUGGAUGUAUUCAGCCGUCGACUCCUCCAUUGGACCCGACCACCAGCCCAGGAAAUCGAUUGUCGGCGGUCAUCACGUUUGGAAAUACCCGCCAUACGGCCAACCAGCCCUACAACUAUGGCAAUGGUUCCUCGCACGAUGGUCUCUUCCCCCGGUCUGGUGACAUGUUGACUGCUCUCGACGCAUACGCGGCCAUUACUCGUGACUGGUGUCUGGAUAGCAUGCUUCAUCGCUGUAAUCAUGUCUUUGUCCUAACGUUCUUCGGUACCCAGGUUGACCCCAUCUGCGCCAACAACUCCAACGGCAUCGUCGCGUCCCACCUUGGCUAUUACAACGUCUACUCGGACGAAGCAGCUGCGUGGAUCAAGUCGGUCGCCUCGAUCACGGACAAUUCGGACUUUACUACCUCGAUCGCUACGUAUGUCAGUGGUACCGCGCAGGACUAUGCGACUGUCGGAACCGGCACGCCGUCGGGCGUUGUGACACUUGCGUCGGUGACGACCGAGUCCAUCUCGUGCCCGAGCUCGUCGACGCCUGCCUUUGCCGCAGUCAAUUCGACCGCGUUGAACAGAACCACAACAGCCUCCAGGUCGGGCGUGUCGAGCAGCCACUCGGCGCCCCUCACGACCACCGCCAGCAGUGCCGCAUCCAGCAGUGCGACUGCGGCCGCGACCAUCACGAGUGCUCCCAGCAGCACCGGCCCCGUGGCGACGAGCGCAAUGACCUCUGCGCCCUCGUCGACCUUUACGGGCGGCUCGGCCAGUAGCCACGCCAGCAACAUUGGCUUGGCUCUUUUGCUGGGCCUUGCCAUCCUGGUUGUAGUAUAA